AUGGCCGCGGCCAGUGAGGGAGAUGAGGCGUCGAGCCGCAUCAACGUGGCGGUGCGCUGCCGGCCCCUGUCGGAGACCGAAAGGAGCAACAAUGUACAGAGCAUCUGCAGGGUCAUGGACAGGCGGCUGGUGAUCUUGCUGGACCCAGGAGCAUCAGCUGCCAAUGACUACCUUCGGCAAGACAAGUCGAAGGAGAAGCGUUUUGCAUUCGACCAAGCGUUCGGUUCAGAUGUUGACACAAAAACUCUUUUCAAAGCCACAACGGAGCCUCUGAUCAAGUCGGUUCUGCAAGGCUACAAUGCCACUGUUUUUGCUUACGGUUCCACUGGAGCAGGCAAGACUUUCACCAUGAUAGGUACGACGAUCGAACCGGGCAUCAUGUUUCGAAGCGUUGAAGAGAUUUUUGCUGGUGUGGCUGGAUCUGAUGACCACACCUUCACAGUAACUUGCACUUUUGUCGAAGUCUAUAACGAGAACUUGCGGGACCUGGGAUCCAGCGAUGGCAAGGAGGGCAUUCUGGACCUGCGGGAAGACCCCGUGACUGGCACGUAUGUUGUCGGCAUUACGGAGAUUCGCGCAGAAUCAGUGCAGGAGGUGAUGGACUUGCUUCAGAUGGGCAACCAGCGCCGCACGACAGAGCCAACAUCCAUGAAUGUUACCUCCUCCAGAUCCCAUGCUGUUCUUCAGGUUCGGGUGGAGCGCCGUGGCAAUCCAUCUCUAGGCAUCUUGAUCGGAAAGCUGUCGAUGAUCGACCUCGCCGGAUCAGAGCGCGCCUCGCACACCAACAACAGCGGGCUCCGGUUGUUGGAGGGGGCGAACAUCAACCGCUCUUUGCUGGCGCUUGGGAACUGCAUCAACGCCUUGGCAUCGGGAUCCCAUUUCGUGCCCUACCGGGACUCGAAGUUGACAAGGCUUCUGAAGGAUUCUCUCGGCGGCAACUGCCGCACCGUCAUGGUCGCAAAUAUUUCUCCAAGCCACGUGAGUUAUGAGGACACACUGAACACUUUGAAGUAUGCAAACCGGGCAAAGCACAUCCGGGUACGUGCGAAGCAGAACUUGGUCCGGCCAGACGAGCACGUGAGCCAGUUCGAACAGGCUAUCGCCGAUCUGCGGAAUGAGGUUUCCAUCCUGAAGUCCAAGCUUGCUCAGCGAAGGGAGCUCCCAAGCGACAGCAUUGUGGAAGGUGAUGAGAAUGUCCUGAAGGAGGCCAGCGAGAAUUGGAAGUUGGAAGUCAUUCGGAAUUUGGAGAGCCGGACAUCGUUGCAGCGUUCGCUGAUUGAUGUGGAGCGUGGCCUAGUUCAGUGGAGAGUUGAGCUCGGGCAGGCAAAGGACAUCAUCUUGCAUUGGGAGGGGCGGUCGGGCAGCUCGCCAUCAAAUCGCCGUUCUGAUGCACGGUCCUUGGAGGAGUGGAAAGAGGCCACUGCGCAGAUCGAAGAAAACAUCAAGGAAAAUAUCGAGACCAGAAGGUCAUUGAACGAGCGUCUGCAGCAGAACAAGGUUGCAGGCAAAGAGCUGCAGAAACAGCUUUCCCAGCGCGUCCUCAACGAGGACUUGCGGGCAUUCCUGGAGCUCAUCCAGCGGGUGCAGGUCCUGGAAGUGGAGAGGCUCGAGCUCGACCACUUUUGGGAAAUCCACCGGCAACAGCUGGAGCAAUCAGACCAGGAGAUAGCUAUGCUGCGAGAGCAGCUCCGGCUCAGAAAUGCACACAUCCACGAGCAGCGGCAGCAGCUCUCCAAAGAGAAGCAGGAGAAGAUGCCAGGACACGUUUUCCUGUUGGGAAGCACAUUGGCGGAGUCUUCUCCACAGCGCGGACCGCUGCGAGUGAUGCAGGCGUGGGCUCCAUGGAGAGACGAGGAUGGGCAGGAACAGGAACGGGUAAACAGUGGAAAUCUGUCGGUGUCCGAAGAGGCAACCGAUGAUUUCCCGAUGCAAGAUAAAAUCAAUUGGAGGGCCUUGGAGGUUCCACUGGCAUCGCAGAUCAAAGGCCUGGCACAGCUACAGCAAAAUGCCGGCACGUCCCGACUACUUGCGGCCAAGGCUUGGAAGGAUAAGUCCCUGCGGAGCAUCCCGGAGCGGGCCCGGCGGCCUUUAGCCCUGGCACGCAACGGCGUAGCGCCCCCGCCCCUGGCACCGCCCGCGCCGCCGCGGGAGCUGCGGGAGCCACGGGAGCCGCGGGAGCCACGGGAGCCUCCAGGCAACUCGAGCCCUUCGCAAACGCGCGGAAGCACUUGCCCGCCGCUAAGGAGGAAAUCCUCGCUGGAGGCAAAUGCCUUGGGUGGCCAGCGUCAGCCUUCCGUGGGCGACGUCCGGUCGCCAGGCCCAGCACAUCAGCGACAAAUCCUGCGUGCACAGGGUGUCGCAGCGCCACAGCGGCAGCUGGAUAAGAACUCCGGCAUCUCCGGCGCCUAUCGGGACAAGAGCCGUGGAAGAGCCCGCAGUGAGCACUCCAGGAUGGCCAGAGUCGGCCGUAGCUUUGUUCAUACACCCGGCCGCUGA